AACGAGGGAAGCAGGUGGGUUGGGAGGGAGGAAGGGGAGCGGCUGUUCGCUAAACCAAACCUGGUACCGCCGCUAACUAACGUGAUCAGGAGACCGCUGUUGCUGAGCGCUCCUCUGGAAGGAGCAAGGUGGCGGUUUUGUGGCGGCAAGCGAGCUCCACCGUUGAAAUAAAACAGCGAGGGCGGUGGUUAUGAGGGUAGAGGAGUAAGGGUGUGGCAGCGGAUCGUCGGCAGAUAAGCACGAGACCGGGUAAAGAUGUUGGAGACGGAUGCCGACCUGACGGGUGGAGAGGUCGAGGAGGAUGUGGAAGCAGACAUGGGCAGCAGUGACAUGAAGGCCGAGGUGAUGCGGCUCACCCUGGAGCUCCAAGAGGCGACGGAGGAAAAGCUGCAGGCCGCUCGGUACGGGCUGGUGGUGUUAGAAGAAAGCGCCGCCCUCAAGAUGAAACACACGCAACUGGAAGAGGAACACGAAUCCCUAAAGCUGGAGCUGCAGCAGCUCAGAGAGGCUUUUGCAGAUUCUGUGAGCAGCCAGAAGCGUGCAGCUGCUGAUGGAGAGUGUCGGGAAGAGAGCCUGCUGCAGGAGACGGCCUCCAAAGAGGCUGCCAUGGCAACCCGGAUGGAGGAAGUUCAGGCUGAGCUCAAACAGACGCGUCUUGCUCUGGGCAACGCCCACGCCGAGCUCGACAGGCUGGGGGGGCUCUCCAUCCAGCUUAAGAAGGAAUGUGAAUGUCUGGAAGCGGAGAAGAACCAUUUGAGGGAUGAAAUGAAGGAAUAUAAAGUACGUGAGCUGCGUCAGCUACAGGACAACGGCGAGCUGGAGGAAGAAAAUAUCUCCUUACAGAAACAAGUGUCUGUGCUAAAGGAAAACCAGGUGGAGUUUGAAUCAAUAAAGCUUGAGCUAUCCCAGAAGAACGAAGAGCAAGAUGAGCUGCGAGCGCAGCUGGAUGAAGCCGCGAGGCUGAGGGAGAUCGCAGAGCGGCAGCUGGACGAGGCCCUGGAAGCGCUGAAGGAGGAGCGGGAGCAGAAGAACAGUCUACGGCGGGAGCUCUCCGCCCUGACCCUCAACCCGUUCGACUCCGUGGGGAACCUGGAGCUCCAUUUGGACCAGCUGGAUGACAGCCAGGAGGAGGGCCGCGGGGGGCAGGGCGACGCUCAGGAAGAGACCCAGGACAGCAGUCACACCAACGGAUCUGCACCCAGCUCCAAAAGCAACGGCCUCGUCCAUCGCUACUCCACGCCGCGCAACAGCGACGUUUUCCUGCGUCCUCCAGCCUCAGGCCUGGUGUCUGACCUGCUGAGUGAGCUGCACUUUUCAGACAGUCAGAAACUAAAACAGCAGCUGCUACAGACAGAAAGGGAGAAAUCCAGCCUAGGUAGCAAAGUGGAGGAACUGCAAAUGCAGCUGAUGAUGUCCAAACAGGCUCUAAGUCAGCAGGAGGACAAGGUUGGCGCUCUCACUCAGCAGCUGGAAGCCGCGCAAAGUAGUCCGCAUCCAAACCCGGAGGCAGAGGAGAGGCAGAAGGUGGAAACUGGAGAGGACGGCAGUGAGGGGUUCGACUACGAGGUUGACACUAAGAGCAAAGAGGUGCUGGAGGCACGAAUGCGCGCGGCCAGCGAAGAGCUCCUGAAGCUGCGAGACGAACUCUCUCAGGCGGGCGCGCGGUACAACACCCUCGAGCAGAGAUACAAGCAGGAGAAGGAGCGAUGGCGGGGCGAGGCCCAGGAGCUGGCCGACAAGAUCCGGCAGUGCAUCAAGUCCAGCAAGCAGGAUCAGGAGCGCAUCGGCGAGCUGGAGAAAGAGAUCGGAGCCACACGGAAAGUGGCGAUCGAUUCUGAAGGGCAUCUGAGCGUCGCUCAGGAGGAGCUGUUGGCUUUCUCUGAGGAGCUGUCCAACCUCUACCACCACAUCUGUGUGUGCAACAACAUCACGCCCAAACGGGUCACCCUGGACUACUACCGGGACAGUGCUAGGGGUGGUGGCGGAGGAGGAGUGCGAAGGUCACACCACGUCUUCGCCCAACACAACGCUCAGAAGAAGCCUCGGGCAAACGACAUGUUCAUCUCCAAAGCUGCGGCGCUGCAGUUCAUGGGCGAGGUGGACAGCGCAGGAUCCAGCGCAGACUCGCUGACCUGUCCCGGGUCCCCCACUCUGGAUUUCAGGGACCCGUCCAAUGUAUCCAACCUGGUUGCUGUCAUCCGUUGCCAGAUCAAGCACCUCAGGGUGGCUGUGGACCUCUGCCGUCAGAGAGGAGCGAUGCCGUACUCUGGGCUCAGCAGCAGCGAGGAGUCGGAGCGGGAUACCGAAAGCCUUUUGGAGGAAGUCCUAAAACUCAAAUCCCUUCUCAGCACAAAGAGAGAGCAGAUUGCAACCCUGCGGACUGUCCUGAAGGCAAACAAGCAGACGGCUGAGUUGGCCUUGUCUAAUCUGAAAACCAAGUACGAGACGGAGAAGAGCAUGGUGUCGGAGACCAUGAUGAAACUGAGGAAUGAGCUCAAAGCCCUGAAGGAGGACGCUGCCACCUUCUCGUCUCUCAGAGUCAUGUUUGCCAGCAGGUGCGAUCAGUACGUCACCCAGCUGGACGAGAUGCAGAGGCAGCUUGCCGCUGCUGAGGACGAGAAGAAGACUCUUAAUUCCCUCCUGCGCAUGGCCAUCCAGCAGAAACUGGCCCUCACUCAGCGCCUGGAGGAUCUGGAGGCUCCUCAGGCCCCCCGCAGCCUGAACAGCAGCCCCCGGCGCUCCCGGGCCAAGGAGCUAGCCGCCAAGUCGGGCCGGGCCUCGCGCAGCCCCCGCAGCAGCCCCGGCAGGCCCCAGCUGAGGAGCAGUCCGCGGGCCAGCCCCGUCCUCGGCAGCAGCGUCCCCGCCUCGGCCACCCACCACUUGCGAGCUCUAACCCGAAGUCUCCACACAAGCCCUCGCUGAAACACUCCCACCAUCACUCCAAAACCCCUCUGCUCCAUAAGGACCAGUCUUCAUCUUGUGACUUCCCUUCCACCCGGCUAAUUCCUCCAUCCUCCCUGCUUGACCUGAGACAUCCUGUCCAUCCCAGAUAUGACGCUGCAUUAAUCCCUCUCCGCCAUGGAGUGAAAAAAAAUCUGAAAAGAUAAAAAAAAAAGACAGAAAAUCUUCCAUCCCAGCCUCUUGCUGUGGAGAAACCUGCAUGCAUCCUGGAGGAGGUUGAAGAGUCUAACCUGCUGCUCAUUUCUCUCUCAUUGAUUGUGUCUGUUUUGUCUUUUUCAAUGCGGUAUAUUGUGGUGAACCAUCGACAGUAUUUAUUCUAUAAACAGAAUCUUUCUUGUACAGUAUUUCCUAUCCUCUGACUCAGAUUCAAGGCUGUGAUCUGUUCUCUGGAGGCGUUAACGUCCUCACACCCUCUUGCCUUUAACCUGGCAACCUUGUCCGGCCUCUAUGGCUUUCUUUUGCAUCAGAAAGACAUUAGCUCCAGGUUUUCCCCCAGAAAACUGGCUAAGCCCAGUGGUUUGGCGCUAGGGCAGCCGUUCAUCCAGCGGCACGUCAUGUUUUUGAGUAAAAAAAUGGUUAAAGUUGACAGGAAAUUUGAAAAUAUCACUUGGUAAUUAUGUGUUACUGAAAGAUUGGAAGAUUAAUACCAAAACAGCAACUAUAAAGUCUUAAAAAUGCAUAAAAAACUUUAAAAAAAAUUAAAUAAAUAAGCAAUGCUUAGCCUGGUGGGGGCACAUGUAAAGCCUGGUGGCCUGCCAGGCUUAUAAAGCACUGGGGGAAACCCAAUGAUCGUUUCUUAAAAUGAGCAGCGGAGAUUUACCGACAGAUCUAAGUGGAGCUUGCUGUUGUCGUUUAACUCCUACCUGUCUUUUUUUACUUUCUGACUUUCCUUGCCUGUCAGCUACACCCUUUAACUAGAGGUCAGUACACAAGAUUGUUUUAUGUGGAAAUAGAUCAGCCAUAACGUCACCGACUCAGGUCAGAACCAUAAAUAUUCAGAUUGACAGUUUGAGAAGUCUUCAGUGGAGGUCUUACUUUACAAACUAUGCAGACCGGUGCCUAUUUCCUGCCUGACUUUUGGUUCAACACUAGCUGCGUUUCCAUUACAAAUGUGCGCAAAUCUUGAUUUUUAAAAAAAAAAAAAAUUUUUUUAAGAGAGGGAGGUCAUCCAGCCGAUAUCGUCCCUUGGCCUCCCCCUCAAACGGCUGCUUCCUCACCCCUUAGUACAUGUAGAUCUCCACUCCCGUCCUGAUGUCUCGAGUGGCGAGGUGGGUUGGCUAGGCCUGGGAACUUUGCUAACACACAUUUGACAUUAAAGUUCUUGGAAGAAUGGUUCAUCAUUCAGCCAAAGGUUGCCAGCUGCGGAUGACAUUCGCUCAGGUGGACCUGAGAGUUAAUGCAGAGUUCCUUGUCCCCAUACUGGGAAAAAGUAAAUAUAUGAUUUUUCUCCUGCCUUCAGGGACCCUUGGCAAACAUUAAAAAAAAAACUGAAAUAAAUAAGCAAUGCUUAGCCUGGUGGGGGCACAUGUAAAGCCUGGUGGCCCGCCAGGCUUAUAAAGGACUAUUAUUGUGCUUUAUAAGCACUAACUUUUGGGGGAAGCCCUCAGCAGCACUAGUGACUUUACCACGGAAGUCACAUAAGAUGGACCACUUGGUGAAUGCCUUGGUCGCAAAGACCCUGUGGAAGAGAAAAUGCAUUUAAUUUAUUGAAUUAACAUAAUCACCUGGAAUAAAUAGAAUUUUGAAUAAGUUUGUUCGCGUGAUAAGUCAUUAAAAAUUCGUCCGGUAGCGCUCACCAUCUAUCAGCCAUCAGAGGAGACGUUGGAGUGACAAACCUCUGAUAGGGAGCGGCUACAUGUGCAGCAGUUUUUGCAAUUUUACCGAAGAGUUAUGGAGUUAACAUUUUCAAAUGAUAAAGCUUUUAAUGACGCUGUGAGAGAUCUGGUGGCGCCAGCUGCGCAUUGUCCACAAAAACCAAAAACAAACUGUUAUCUUCCUCCUAUUUCCUGUUGUCUUCAUUGUUUCUGCCAGUAGUAAUAUCCGGUUGUCGAUCACAUGACUUGUGUGAUGCGAAUACAAGUCUUUCCAUUGCAGUUUUGUGAAUUAAGCUCGCAAAAACUUCAUCUAAAAAUUUGAGUUUAUCCCAAAUUGGCUUGUCUCUAUUAAGCAAAUUAAUUUUUGUAAUUUCGAUUUGCGUAUUUUUAUGUUUGAUGGAAACGCAGCUACUGGCUGCAGCUUCGUUAAGAAAAAAGCCAUUUAAUGUCCUAAACAUCGAGCCGCUUUCGGGAGUUAUCUUCUGUAAGAAUCUCACUCGACAUGAAACAUCCCAGCAUAUUAGAAAAAUCAAGAAGUUUAUAUGUUUCAGUUAAUUAAUUCAAAAAGUAAAACUUUGGUUUUUAAGAUUAUUGCUUCAAGCUAAUGGAAUCCUAACAGUUUCUUGGAAAAUUGCUAAAGCCAGUAAAAUUUCUGCAUCAAUGCAUGAAGGUGAUCACUGUGUGACAAAUUGGUAACUUUUCUGUAAUGUUGGAUUGUUUCUCUAUUAGCACAGCAGCAGUUUUGAGUGGUGUGUACACAAGCGUGAUUGACACUCCUAAGACCCUCCUCUUGUCUCUGAUUGGUUGUUGUUUUUUCUGACUGGGAGUGGUGUAUUUCUGCAAAUUGCAGUAAGACCACAAGGGGGAGCCAGAGGAGUUUUUUUUAUUAUUAUUUCAUUUAUUUAUUUUCACAGAUUAUCUGUUUCAUAAUCUAUCAGGAUAUAGUGAAGGUUUCAACAACUAUGUAAAAAAAUUAUUUUUAUACCUACUGAAGCUUUAAACUAGGUUUUGGUUUGUUAGCGUCACCUUUUUUUGACAUUUUUUUCUUCUGUCUAACUUUUAGCUAAUGUGCUUAACUUUGACUAAUUUUGCAAAAACAUUUUGUUGUCUCAACAACUGAUUGGCUCUUUUAUUCGUCUUGCGUAAUAUUAGAAUUUUCUGAGAAACAAUUUGGAUUUUCAUUCGUUAUGAGCCAUAAUUCUUAAAAUUAAAGUAAAUAAAGUCUUGUGAGAUGAGUCUGUUUCAUAUUUUGAAAUGAUUUUCUGAAAUAACUGAACUUUUUAUUGAUUAUGGAUUUUAUUGGCAUGCAGCUGUGUGUUUUGACAGGUUGAAUUUAGAUAAAGUAACGCUACAUUUUCUUGUUUCUCUAUUUUAUUAGCUUCCAUUAGCACUUCAGUCUUUCUGCUCUUUAUUCUCUGCCACAGCUGAUCAACAAACAUUCACAUUAUGCAUUUCAGAUUAAAUAGUUCUGUGCUGUAGUGUAAACGUAUAGUAAUCACAGUGAAGCUGCUGCUUGAGUCCGGUGUUUUCUAACUACGAUAGUGUCUCCUGCUACUAGUGAAGAUUUUGCCUGUUGAACAUACUGUAGAUUCCCCUGAAAAUUUUAAAUCUAUUAAUGCUAUAUGAAGAAAACUGCAGGUGGAGCGAUAUAAGUGCAUGACUCUACGAUAAAGGAUUUCAUUGUCGGGGCAUCUCUGUGAUCCAAGAGAGUCGCUUUAUUCUGAAGGUCACCUGGUUCGUUGACAUCAUCUGGAAAUCAAAUCGUAUCAUUCUCAACUUAUGAGAGAAACAAUCAAAUAUUUGGAAUUUUAAUGAGGAAAUAUUUUAACAAUUUACUGACCAUUUGCUGCAACAUCCUGCUUUUUCAUUUCUGUGCCUUGGUUUUGGUCUUUUUUUUUUUUUUUUUUAAAUUCUCCACAUUGCAGUCAUUGUUCAAACACUGUAGCUUUUAUUGGUGUAAGAAUUUGUUUUAACUGCUCUUGAAGUAGACUGAAGCUUUGAUAAAGGCGACGUCUCAUUUUGGUAAAAUAUUUUCACUUUUUAGCUCCUUUUGAGGAUUAAGUAAUCCUGAAAUGUUAUCUGCUGUAUUUAUUAUGGAAAAUUGCUGCUGUGUGGAAAUAAUAAUGAAAAAACGGAGAAGUUUAAUGUUCUGACUAAACAGUGAAAAUGCUUUAACAUAAUGUCAUGUUGCACUGAAGGUUGUAAAAUUAUCUAUUUAACUCACCCUGUGGAUAAUUUAUUGCCCUUUGCUGUAUAAUAUUUUAACUGUAUUUAAGUGGUUUGCAUUUCCUGUAAAUCAACUUGUUGUUCAAACACCAAACAAGCUGCCUGAGGGUCCUCAACUUUUUAUGUAAAUGCAAGUUGACCUUUGUUGACCUUCAGAAGAAUAAAAAGCCGACACUGUACACAG